CGUCAGUGGGUCAGUGACGUCACCUCACAUUUGAGUAAACAUGGCGUCCGUGACAACAGCCACUUCCGAGUGGAUCCAGUUUUUCAAGGAUGCUGGCAUCCCAGCCGGCCUGGCCGUCACCUAUGCAGUCUCCUUUGUGGACAACAGAAUUCAAAAGAACAUGCUGAUGGACCUGAGCAAGGACAUCAUGAUGGACCUCGGCAUCACGGUUAUCGGUGACAUCAUUGCCAUUCUCAAACACGCCAAACUCGUCCAUAGGCAGGACAUGUGCAAAAUGGCCACAGAAGCCAUUUCCUCAGGACAGACCAGCGUCAAAGCAGAACUCAGAAGAACUGCCAACACUCCAGCCACUCGCAUGAUAGCCAACGCCUUGAGCCAUGACUCUCCUCCCACCACUCCAGUCCGUCGCCCCGACAACCGCCUUUCUGUCACUGUGUCCAACGUGCAAGCAAGCAAGAGUGGCAAAGCAGCUGUCAGUCAGCCAGAAGACGACGGCACCGGGUUGUCAGCCGCGAAGCGCCGGCGUGUGACAUCAGAGAUGGAAGGCAAGUACAUCAUCAACAUGCCCAAAGGCACCACGCCACGUACACGCCGCAUCCUGGCCCAGCAGGGCAAGAAAGGUUUGAAGCGCACGUCUGUCUUUGCAAGACUUGGUGCCGAGUCAAAGGCGGACCCGGCGGCCAGUGCUAACAAGCCCACCGGCGUCUUCAGCCGUCUGGACCAAGCAGACGAAGUGGGGGCGGAGCCGAGGUCGGGAAAGUUGAAGGCCACCAAGCAGGAGGAGGACAGCGACGGAGAAGGAUCCGUCCUCCAGUACGCCGGCGUCCUCAAAAAGCUGCUUCCCCCUCCGAGGAUGGAGCCCGUCAAAAAGGCAGCACCCACCACACUGCGGCGUCUGGGCGGCAAAUUCAAACGACCGCCGCCCAGCGCGCCCGCCCCUUCGUCCUCCUCCAACGGCGUCCCCCCGGCUAAAAUCAGCGUGCUUCAGAGACUGGGUAAGCUCCAGCGCGCCGUCGUCCCUUCGUCUGCAACGUCCCAGCCGGCUGCCGACACGCAGGACAACAGAGUGACGAGCACUCGACCCAGGGCCAAGCUGAAAGUCAACGCGGUGCGCUGCAAAGUCAGCAGCAGCACCGGAGCAGGAGCCAUAACGGGAGCCGGAGCGGUGGACUGCGCCGGCGCCCAGAUGGACUUCCAGGCUGUCAGUGUUUUCAAGAGGCUGGGCAGUAAAAACAAGUAACACACAUAUCCCAAAUGUUGUACAACAAGGACUGCAAAUUGAUUUCAAGGAAAAAACAAAAAUCAAGGUUUGUAUUUUUCUUGUACGGACACAAAAUCCACUUUGUAAUGUUUUUAUUUUUAACUUUGGUGCCAUGGGAGAGAUACUUUUUCCCAAUGAUCUCACCCCCAAACCCCUUUGUUAACUGCUUGGACAAAAACUUUCCAACUACGUUUGCUGUUUUUGUUUUUAAGUGUUCACGCAUUCAAAAAUAUUAAGGCAUGAGCAUGGCAUGGACUGAACUGCUAGUGUAAUUAAUAGUUUUUAAAAAUUCACCCAUGAAGGAUGGCUGCUACUGCUGCUGCCCAAAUAUCCCAUCACAGCACAUAUCAUAACAAUUUACAAAAGAGUUAAGCAACUUCCCCCCUUUAGUUUUGUGCAGUAAUGAGAUUAUCGAGUGAUUUGCAUGUUGGUCAAGUCAUAGGAAAACAUUUGAGCCUGUCGUCCCCCUUAACAUGAGCCCCUGCACCAAGUAGGAAUGAUUCUGAUACCUCCUGAAGUUCCUGGUGGACUUUCUUACCAUGAUAGACUUCCUACCUGAAAGGCAGCGUGAGUUGAGUCUUUAAAAAAAAAAAAAAUUGAUGUGAGUAGACUUGAUUUCACAUUGCUAUGUGUUAUGCUACAUCUUUGUCUAUGUUGGCGAAAUUAAAAUAUCAAUCAAAUACCAAAACAGCCUGGUUCCGCCCUUCGUGGUGGCAUUUCCUGGUCGGACUGUGAGUCCAGUAGAUGUACGCACGCCAUCAAAUGGUGUUAGAACACCUAUCUGUCUUUUUAAACUUCACACUUGAACUUUGUUACCACUAUAAAUAUUUAAAGUGUUUUUUAAACUUUUAUUGUCUUCAUGCACUAAGAGGAAAUGUUUCAAAGGAAGAAAACAAAGAUGCACUUCGUGAAAACAAUUAAAACGAAGGGUCCAAAUAUA